GAGCUUCUCGCUGCCAACGAGAGGUUAACCGAACAGCAAAAGGAUGUUUCGGCAAAAAGAUUGCAAGUCCGCGAGUCACGUCUGGCCCUUAGAUACAAGCGGGAAAAGGAACUGGAGCUCCGAGCCCGGUUAAUGAAGGACCUCAACUCAUUUUUUGCAAAUCACCACCUUCCAGCGGGAGACCCGAUUCUGCGCGAAUACGAACUCCUCCAGGGAGCCAGCCAGGAAUACUCGAAGAUGGAAAACAACUACCAUCAGCAAGAGGACGACCUAGAGAUGGAUGAGUAUAUGCUCACACUCUCCAUGGAAAGUUUCGCGGGGCUGUCAGAAAAUGGUCCUUGGCCAGAUCUACAAGAUCAUCUUGCCUUACCAGCUACACAGCCGGAGCACGAUGCCCUGGAUGAGACACCUCCGUGUGUGAUCAACUAUCUAUCCCGCAUCGGCGAUGAGCGCAUGCUUCAGGAGCGUCUCUCGGAUCUUGAAUCAGAAUGGUUCCUUACCAUCGAAAAGCAGGCACAGAGACACCAUCUUCAGUUACCACUGGACAAGGAAUCAGAAGAGUUCCUUCAGAACUUUGAUUCGCUACGACAGAAAGUCUGGAGGGACCUGAAUAACGCCCAGCUUGACGUGAACGAACUACGGAUCAUCUGCGUGGACCAAGGUAUCCAAGAUUUCGACUAUGAGGAUCUGGCUUCCCUUCAUCAAUACCCAAACGAGACUGUUUUCCACCAGGAAAAGGAUCCGCUGAAGCUCCCACCCCAGGCGAACUUUCAUUUUUUUCUCGAUCUUGACCCAGCAGACUAUCCCACUGCCCAAAAUCCGGACUGCCCCGCAAAUUCUUACUUCUUCCUCUUCCGAGAGCUCGAGCGAGCAAAGGGCUUCGGUGCAACCGAGUUCAUAAACAGGUGGAUGCUGCACCAGCUCAGGAUUUCAUCCAUGGGUAUUUGGCAAUUACAAUUGCUCCUUGACUGGCAGGCCUUGCGAGACCAAGGCUGGCAAGAUGGCGAUAUUAGCCAGAAUGCCCUGGACAGGUGGUUUUCCGACGAAGCCGCGAUGCCGUCCUCUCCG